GAACAACAACAACGACACCACCAACAACGUGGAGCGAGAAGAAGAAGAAGCACCUUCAAUCAUCGCCAUACAGCUUCCUUGCUUGCUUGUCUUGUCUUCUUGCUUUGUUUUGUAUUCACUUUGGCCCUUUUUCUUCUGUCUGGGUUAGGGUUUCUUUCUCCCCCCACCCCUGUCUCUCAAUCCGAUUCCCUCCGGGACUGUCCCCGCUCCCUUCACCCCCCCCCCCCCACCUUGCUGAUCUCCGCUGCAUUGCUCGGUCCAUUUGUUGCGGUCCCUCCGUCCCCAAUUUGGUCGCAUUUGGCUUCGGGUGCUGCUGCUCUGGCGCGACAAGUGCGAGGUCGGGUGGUGUUGGGCACAAAAGUUCUUGGAGUUGCUGGUUUACGGGGCAGAAGGCGUUCGCGGGAGCGUGCGAGGGGAAUUCAGGCGAUUGCGCGAGGCGAAGGAAUGUGCAAUGGUUGGCGCGGUUUCGGUGAGUGCGUAUCGGGUGUGUGUGUAGGGGCGACCACGAGGCGGUGGGGGUUCCUUGUGGUGAUUAGGGCGGAGGUUCGAAAUCACGGUUAGGGUUUUGGAGUGCAACUAUUGAGGGAGGGCUGCGAGGUUGUACCUCGGCGGGAGCGGGCAGGCUUGCAGAUGUGACCCCAGGUUAUGGCGAAGAAGAAAGGAGGAGGCGGGAGAGCUCCCAAAGCAGGGGGCGCUGCUGUGGGGGCCUCCGUGGAGGCACCGUCCCGGGAAUUUAACGUGGGUGACCUCGUGCUGGCAAAAGUCAAGGGUUGGCCGGCGUGGCCCGCGCAGAUUGGAAGAUUGGAGACGCAAGGGAAACACGCUGGCAAGUAUUACGUGACCUAUUUUGGUCCAGGACAACAAAUUGGUUGGUGCCUGCCGGUUGAGCUGUCGGAGUUUGAUGCGGAUCAGAGAGAAGCCUCUGUUCAGAAGUCGCUGAAGAAAACUGCGGACAAGAAGUUCAUUUUCGCCGUGAAGGAAAUAUGUGCUUUGCAAGAUGAGCGGGCAGGGGCCUCGCCCAAGGACUCCGCAGAAGAGGAUGGGGAGGUAUCCGAUGACGACGGUCCUCGGGAUAUUGGCUCGGACGGUGGAGAAGAGGACGCGGUGGACAGGGAGACAGGUUUUACGGAGGAGGUUAAGCAGGACAGGUAUCCCAUGCCCGUCGUGACAUUGAAUCAGCAAUGCGAGUCCGUUUAUUUCAACGAGGGAAACGGUGAGGAGGAUGUCGAAGAUGGCGAUGGCGACAAGGAUUGGAGCGAGAGGCGACGCUACAAUGAUAGCGGUGUACAGACAGGGAACGAUUCGGAUGGAGGAGGGCAGGAACAAGAAGCGAGUGCCGAUGGCGCGAUAGGGGAAGGGUUGAAGCCGUUUGUAGAGCUUCAAAAGCCUGACUCGGAGUCGGUUGGAGGGAGGAGGCGUGCUUUCGGAAACGCGUUGGUGAGAAUUAAUCAGACUUCCGAGGAAGGUGUGGAGGAAAAGGCCGCGAUGCCAGAAGGCGAGACCCAGGUGCUGACAUACCAGUACGGGAGGAAGAAGCACCGGAACAAAAUUAACAAAGAUGUAUUGCCUGGUGUUGUGGAUGGGUUGGCGUCAAACCUUGGACAAGGAAUCGUGGAAGACUCAGCUGCUGUGCAUGCCGAAGCCAGCGAUGUUCCGAAGAGGAUGAAACCCAAAGUGGGCAGAUCGUCCAAAGCCAAUCAACAAGGUAAAGUGGGACAGGACAGCAAGUCGAGUGGUCACGCGGUUAGAAAGCCAGAUGCUGGGGCGAAGAGAUCUGAAAUGGAAAAGGGCAGUGGAAGAGGUGCACAUGAAGGCAUCGGGAAACCUGGAAAGGACAAUGACAGCGUCGUAAAGAGGGUUCCGUCCGACAAUGGGCACAAGAGGAAGGGGUCUGAUUUGAAGAAGAAAGACAUGUACAGCCCUGGUGUGAAGGGAGAGGUUUUGGGCGGGGAGAAACGUGAACGCAAGUUGGAGGCGAAGAAGGACGUGAGGGAAGUGGCGGCGGAGGUGGGCGGAUUGAAGAAAGAACCAAAGAAGUCGCAAGUGUCGAGCAAGGGUUCGGAGGAAGUAAAGAAGCAUUCGGCUACACCGAAGCAGCUGGGGGAGCACGUGAGAAGCGGUGUUGAUGACUCGGAGAAGAAAGUUCCAAGCUCCUCUCCAGGUUGUUUUGGAGGAUCGAAGGUGAAAGUUGAGGUGAAAGGGGAGGGUUCUGUGAAACGUAGAAGGUUGUCCGAUGGCGAGGGCGAAGGGGAGGAAGGGAGUGCGGGAGGGGAGAAGGGUGAUGGGGGGACUAGCGUGAAAGUGGAGAAGGAUGAAAAAAGCCUUCCUUUGUCGAAGAGGCCUAAGAUGGUCGCGUCGGAAGACAAGUCGGCGGAAGGAAAGCAGAAACAUGUGUCCAUCGGGCGUUCGAGUGUGGAUGGAAGCAAUGGCGAGAAGGAUUCGCCCAGAGAUGGCAAGUCCAGAGAAAGGGGAACCAGUCUACCCCCGAAAGCAGACAAGGACCGGAUGAGGAAAGCGGCUCUGGAUGGCGAGGCUGCCCUCCCUCCUUCGAAAAGAAGGCAUCGGGCGUACGCAGCGAUGAGUGCUUGUGAAGCGGAAGCCGCUACAGCAAGCGCGGCGGAAUCCAGGGAGCAGGCAGGAAAUGGAGUGGCUUGUAACCAAGACGGCAACGAUGUGGAUGCAGCCGCUUCCUCCGAGGGUGCGAAUAGAGAGGGAACAUCUGCGCUUGGGCACGAGGCCGGGAGUGUGGGUGGGUCCUUGAAGGAUGCGACGGCGGCGCCACACGCUUGGGAGUCCACAGACGGAGGGCAUAAGCAGCAGAAAGUAGAAAGCGGGCACGAUAACGCGAGUGUCGAGGACAGGACAGAAAGCAAGAAACAUCCACCCCUGAAAGACGCACAGGCAACAGAUUCACCAAGAAAGCGCAGCGGAAGUGGGGAUCCGAGCAAGGUGCAAACCGCGAGGUCAGAAGGUAGAGUGAAGAGUUCCAAAUCGAGGAGUCCUGGUCCCACGAGAUCGAGCUUUGAAGUGGCGACGGAGAAGCGGAAGGGGCAUUGGGGCGGGUCCGAAAGUGGCAAAUUGAGCACAAGUAUGUCCGGGGGGACAGAGGCGUUCCCAUCCCAUGCAAAGUCAAGUUUCGAGGAUUCAAGUAUAAGAAACGCGGUUGCUCUCGCUAACGAGAAGAGGAAUGCGCUGAAGAGGGAGGGGGAUUCAUCUGCCUCGAUGAAGGCUCUGAUCGCAGCAGCUCAAGUUAAGCAGCGAGCCAAGCAGAACUUCACAGGCGGGUCUGGGCCGUUCGUGUUUGCAGAGCUCGACAAGUUUCCAAACAGCAUGGUAUGCAGCCCUUCUCCUUCACAAAGAAGAGGGAGUUCAGGGCUGACUCCACCAGUUCAACAUGGGCAGGGCGGUGUCUUGAGUCAUGAAGGACACAAAAGGCAAGAUCUGGAGUACACUCGAUACGGAGAAGCAGCGGUGGAUACGGAAGCCACUAUUGCACGGGAUACCUUUGUGGGUAUGUUGGAGACAGUUUCUCGCACAAAGGACAGCAUAGGGCGCACGACGCGGCAGGCCAUGGAUUGUGCAAAGCACGGCAUUGCGGAGCAGAUUGUUGAGGUGAUUGUACGGAAAUUGGAGAAUGAACCCAGCUUUCAUCGGCGGGUAGACUAUUGGUUUCUUCUAGAUUCUGUCACUCAAGUCGCCCAUACGCAGAAGGUGGUGGCAUACCUCCCGAUCGUGCAAUCUUUUCUUCCUCGAAUACUUAAUGCAGCUGCCCCACCAGGGGGUGGGGCGCGUGAGAAUAGAAAGCAGUGUCUGAAGGUGUUGAACUUGUGGCUGGAAAGGAAGGUGAUGUCGGAGUCUGUUUUGCGACAUUUCAUGACUGAAAUAGAGUCGCACAAUGACGACAAGGGGUUGCCUGGAAACGGUGGCCGCCGACUUUCUCGAUCUGAGCGUGCAGUGGACGAUCCUAUAAGGGACAUGGAUGGCAUGCUAGUUGACGAGUAUGGAAGCAAUGCGUCGUUGAGUUUGCCGGACGGGUUUUCCAUCAUUCCUCAGUUAUACGAGGACGAGGAGGAAGGCAGCGAAGAUGGGAGCAGGCAGUUGGAGACGGAGUCUGUGAGUGCCAUCAACACCACGCGUUCAACCGAAGGGGAGGAACCGAUCGACAGGCAUCGAACCGUGCUGGAAGAUGUGGAUGGAGAGUUGGAAAUGGAGGACGUUUCUCCAACAGCAGAGUCAGAGGUUUCAGGUAUGAAGCUAAGGGAGCAGCUUUUGGGAGAUGGUUAUUCGGAAGACGCAAGGACAAACUGUGGGCAGCCUCCUCUGCCGUUGGGUCCUCCCCCUUCUGUUCCAUCGCCACCUCCUCUGCCAGCAGAUCCUCCUCCUUCACCCCCUCCACCCCCCCGAUCCCCACCUCCGCCAGUGACUGGGUCGCAGGCAGCGUAUCCAAGUAUUGGGCGGAAUCCGGCUCAUUCACAGGAUUCAAGUACUCAUCAAGGGAGCGAUUCACCGUCUACACCAAGUACCUACUCGGGCUUAGCUGGGUAUCAAGGUCAAGGGAGCGGUGGGUUUUCUCAAGCGGGGUCCAGGUCGAAUGCGUAUUCAAGUGGUGCAGGGAGUCAAUCAGGCGCGUCGCUGGGUUCUCCGAUUCCUCCCCUACCUUCUCAACACAGCAGUCCAGGGUUUGCCCUUGGAACACGUCUUCCACCCCCUCCGCCUCUCCCUGCGUCGUAUCACCCUCAACGGGUGUGGUCGGAAUCCCGGACUUCUCCAGGCGGCGAUUCUGACGUUUCUCCCCGAUCAGGGAGGGGCGGGGAGGAACCAGUGCGACAAGGAAACCAAGAGGUGUCUGGCAGCGAAAGAGUUGGGCAGUUGGGCGGCGGGCGACACGAUGUUGGACCCUUCCCAAGUGGAGGUUGUACAAGCUCUGGACCUUCAGAAGGGGUGCAAGCGGGAGAUCAGGGAUCGGGAGUUGGCAUGUCUGGUUAUUCUUCGAAUGGUCCACUUUACGAAAAGGAGGAUAAAUCAUACAGAGUGAAUGCGGGUGUUCGGCCUGGACCAGCAGGUGCCCAGUUUCCGUACGGGCCUCCCGGAGUUCAACCUGCGAUGCGUGGUGGACCAGUCGGGGGACAUUUCGGUUCACAUGCACAAUACCAAGGACCUCCCAUGAACCCGUCAGGUGGUCAGGGGCCGAUGCCGACGCUUGGGUUUAGACCCGGGGGUCCCUCUCAUGGUUCGUGGAGGCCGAGUUAAUUUAUCCAUUGGCGAGCAACGGGCAGAUUUUGCCGCCUGCAAGGUAGGGAAGGUGUGCCUUCCGCUGUAUAGAAGCUACGACUACCCGCAGGAGUGGAAGAAAUGGUUGCUGGAGCUCUUGCUCGUAGUGGAUGCCGACGAUGACCAUGCAUUCAUUGUUUACCAUCUGGCAGGUUCAUGUUUGGCGUUUUAGUGAAAAAACUGAAUUUCCGAGUACGAACAGUGAACCUGGAGUUAAAUGUGAGCUUGGUCACAAGUUGGGCUGAGAUUCUCGAAUCUUGGGAGGAACUGUAGAAGCUUUGAAGUUUGGGCAAUGAGGCGAUUUCAUUGUUGGAGGGAGGUGUCGGGAUGGAGUAGUAUAUCAAGGUACUGAUUGGAUGCUCGAGAAGGAAGCAGCAGCAAAGUAGGACGUUUUCCCCUGUUUUUUUUUUGGUUCUUGUACAUUCUCUACUUUCCAAUUAGAGGCUGCUGAUUGCAGCCAUUAAUACUAUGUAGAUUUUGGGUCUGUAUGGAAGAGUCUCGGUUACGUUUGCUUA